GCCUAAAAUGGGAGGCGAUCGGUGCAUGUACACGUCGCCUAUUUAAGCAGAAUCCCCCCGCACCUUUCUCCUUCCUUCCAGUCGUCCUCCACCGCGGACAUGGUGAAGUUUUCCAAGGAGCUUGAAGCUCAGCUAAUUCCUGAAUGGAAAGAUGCCUUCGUCAAUUACUGGCUUCUCAAAAAGCAAGUCAAGAAGAUUAAGCUAUCCAGAAAACUGAAACGCGCUCCGGAUUCCAACCGCGGCCUCCGGCGCUCAAUCCUCCAUCCGAUCGGACUUUUCCUGAAUAGAUUAACCGUUCAAUCGCGGAAUGGCGGCGGAGAUGACAAUCGGAAAAUCGUUGAUCAGGUGAAGUGCAGAGCAAUUGAUGAAGCCGAAGAAGAUGGAGAAGAAAUCGUUGAAACUGAGCUUGCUCAGCUGUUCUCUGAAGAAGAUGAGGUGAAGGUUUUUUUCCAGAUCCUUGACGACGAGCUCAACAAAGUGAACCAGUUCUACACAACGAAGGAAACCGAGGUCCUGGAGAGAGGAGAAUUACUACAUAAGCAGCUCCAGAUCUUGCUCGACAUCAAGAGAGUUCUCGGAGAUCGUCGCCGGAAAAAAUCAUACAGCUUCGGCGGAGGCGGCGUCUCUGGUCUCUUCUCUCGAUCGAAUUCUUCAUUGAGCGGGAACUCCGACUUUUCCGAAAGUCAGCAUAGCGAUGAAUAUUGCGACAGUCCAGAUUCUCGAGGAGACGACGAUAUCAUUACGGCUCUGGAGAAAAAUGGUAUAAAUUUGCAGGUGAAUAAUAAUACAGCAGCAAAAGGAAAGAAGGGGAAGCCUAAACUGGGGAUGGCUAUGAGGAUUGACAUUCCAGCCACCACGCCGGUGCGCACGAUUGCCACUGUGACGGCGGCGCUUUGGGAGGAUUUGGUGAACAACCCUAAGAAAGGAGGAGAAUGCAGAAUUAACAGACACAAGAUUCAGUGUGCAGAGAAGAUGAUAAGGGGAGCAUUCGUGGAGCUCUACAGAGGACUUGGAUUGCUCAAAACCUACAGCUCACUCAACAUCGUUGCCUUCACCAAAAUACUCAAGAAAUUCGAUAAGGUUACGCAUGGGCAAGCAUGCGGGAGUUCGUAUCUUAAGGUUGUCAAGAGAUCACAUUUCAUUAGCUCAGAUAAGGUUGUAAGACUAAUGGACGAAGUGGAGUCAUUAUUCACACAGCACUUUGCCAACAGUGACAGGAAAAAGGCCAUGAAGUUCUUGCGACCCCAACACCCAAAUGACUCUCACAUGGUUACUUUUUUUGUAGGUUUGUUCACAGGGAGUUUUGUCACAUUGUUUGGUGUGUAUGCCACGUUAGCACAUCUCAGUGGUAUGUACUCGUAUGAUUACUUGGAAAUGGUCUAUCCUGUUUUCAGCAUGUUCGCGUUGCUGAGCCUUCACUUGUUCAUGUAUGGAUGCAACCUGUUCGCGUGGAAAAGCACGAGGAUCAACCACAACUUCAUAUUCGAUUUCCAGGCGAGCACGGCCCUCAAGUACCGCGACGCUUUCCUCAUCUGCACCUGCUUGAUGACUGCUGUUGUCUCCGCUAUGGUCAUACACCUCAUCCUCGUAUCUACUGGCUUUGCCCCUCGUCAAGUCGACUUCAUUCCUGGGAUUCUCUUUCUGAGUUUUGUGGCUAUCCUGAUUUGUCCGUUGAACGUUUUCUAUCGCCCAACAAGGUUCUCCUUUCUUGGCAUCAUUCGCAAUAUCGUGUGCUCUCCAUUUUACAAGGUUUUGCUUGUAGACUUCUUCAUGGCUGAUCAGCUGACCAGUCAGGUUCCAUUGUUGAGGCACAUGGAAUCAGCCAGCUGUUAUUUCCUGGCCGGAAGUUUCCAGACACACCGCUACGAAACCUGCAAGUCUGGGAAGCUCUACAGGGAGCUCGCAUAUGCCAUCUCCUUCGCACCCUACUACUGGCGUGCAAUGCAGUGUGUAAGAAGAUGGUUGGACGAAUGUAAUAUCGACCACUUGAUCAACUUGGGAAAAUAUGUAUCAGCUAUGGUGGCAGCCGGGGCACGGGUGACCUAUGCCAGAGAGCCGUCGUCACAGCUAUGGAUGAGCAUAAUGUUAGUGAGCUCAGUUGUGGCCACGGUAUACCAGCUGUACUGGGAUUUCAUCAAAGAUUGGGGACUUCUGAAUCCCAAGUCGAGGAACCGGUGGCUUAGGGACGAUCUUGUACUCAAGAAUAAAUACAUUUACUACGCAUCCAUCGCGCUGAAUGUUGUCCUAAGAGUGGCGUGGGUGGAAACGAUGAUGAGGUUCAGCAUCGGGUUGCUUGAGUCGCGGCUGAUCGACUUCUUGCUUGCUUCCUUGGAGGUCAUUCGGCGCGGACAUUGGAACUACUACAGGUUGGAGAAUGAGCAUCUAAACAAUGUUGGUAAGUUGAGAGCUGUCAAAACUGCGCCAUUGCCGUUCCGGGAGCCGGAUUCCGAUGGAUAGAACUUGAAUUUACCAUAAUGCCACUGGGCUGGGCGCGCCUUCUUGUAAG